AUGGACUGUGUGUGUAACCCAAAGUUAACUUCUCUCUUUGAAGAGGAUGGCUCUAUCCACUGGGAGAGAUCCUGGAAGCCAAAGCAGAAGUCUGAUUUUCCACUCUUCGUGCGUGCUGCCGCUGCUGAAAUAGAGUUGACUUCCUACGUGCUCCUUGCUUUAGUGACCAAAGAACCGUCCCCCUCUGAGGAAGAAUUAACGUUAGCAGCAGCCAUUGUCAAAUGGUUGACCAAACAACAGAAUUCCCGUGGAGGAUUCGCCUCUACACAGGAUACGGUGGUGGCUCUCCAGGCUCUGUCCCAAUACAAGACAUUUAAUUAUUCCAAGGAUGGCAUCGAUACCAGAGCAAUCUUGAGUUCAGAAUAUGGUCUCCUGAGAGAAUUCCAUGUAGACAGGAACAACUCUCUGCUGCUCCAGUGUGAAGAUCUGCUCCAAGGGCCAGGGAACUACACAGCUGAGGUGACCGGUUGCAUCUUUAUGCAGGCUGUCUUGACAUACAAUGUCCCUUUGGAGCAAGAAGAGGCACCAUUUAGGCUGGAGGUGCACACCAUUCCUGAGACUUGCAUAGGAAACAACGUACACAUCACUUUUGACAUUGCCAUGAAUGUCAGGUAA